AUGGAGGAGUAUGUUGAAGAAGUAAUUAAACAGGAGUGGUACAAAGAGGAUUUUAAAACCAUAGCAUCUCAGAUUAAGGAACAGGAGAAUCUCCUUAGGCUCAAACGAAGGUGGCUAAUGGAUCUACCCUUGUCCAAAAGGGAACAACAACAAAUAGAAGAACUUCUACCUCCUAAUGAUAAGAUUCUUCCUGAGUCAAUGCUUAGAGAAGACGAUGUAUGUUAUGAGAACAUCAGAAAUUUUGUUGAAAAGGGUUUUGGUGCUCAUAAGUGUGAAAUGGAACAUCAGUUGGCUCAAGAGGAUAUACAAAAUUUUGAUUUGUUUGAUGAUCUUAAAGAGUUUUUCCCCCUGCUAGAUGAUAUGACAAACAGAGGCUUAUGUUCGUUUCUUGAGAUCCUGACAGAUGGAAUGAUUAAGUUUGAGAAAACCAACUGGAGAAUGAAGAGUACGAUAAAAUAUUAUCUUAAAACGCAUUCUAGGGAAAAGAAUGAUAAUUCCCAAACAAAAUUAAAACUGCUAUGUCAGUUGCUGGAAGACCCAAAAAACUUUCGUAUCAAUCAGGUAGCUUUGUCUUCUCAAUCGAAAUCCUAUCGCUCUGCUGCCAUCAAGGUACUGGAUGGACUUGAGGACAUGCCUUGCAGAACAUUAAGUGCAAUGCAUAGGAAGCUGAGAGGUGUUAGAUACAACCCUACUAUACAGUCUCCUAAAUCUGGAUGGGGACGUGACCGUUUAAUCAGUGUCGUGAGAAAAAGGUGCAUGAAAAUGCUCUUGGAACUCGGUGAAGGGGAUGAGACCCCAGAACCAUUAGCCGGUGCAUUGGCAGUUGCAAGCUUGACUUUAAAGCUAAUGCAUAACAGUCCUGUAAUAGACUUCCGGAAUUUUUUACCAGAGACAGAAGCAUUGCAAAAUGAUAUUGCAAAGGCUAUCUGGUUACUAAAUGAUGUAAAGAGAGUGAGCUUGAUUGAGCUUAAGAAAUUACAGUUUUUGCUGGAUCCUAGUACUGAAUUAUCAGAUAGAAAUUUCCGUAUGGCAUUAAGGAAUCUAUUGACUGAUUAUCUAUUUGAGUGCAGUGACAUGGACAAUGUCCCAGAUUGUUUACUCGAAAUGCUUUCCAUUAUCAAUAGAAGAUCUCGACUUCCAUCUCGAAGAAAACGUCUGUCUUCAAAAGUACAUUCAUCUUCUCAUGAGCUAAUGAAGGAGGAAAUAGAAAAUGAGGUAGAGUGUAUAUUAACUUCUAGCGCUCAGGCAAAACAAAUUGUCUGGGACGUUCUCUCUGAACAUAGACUAGACCAGGAUUUUGCCGAUGCUUACAUGGAGGAUUUAGAAGAAAGUGAAAUGACCGCUACUUCUGAUGAUGACAGUGAAGAAGAGUUGAAUCUUCCUCAACUUUAUAGAUUUGAUUCUCAUGAUCCAGAUGACCAAAUGGAAAGUAUUGGUGAGAUCAACCCAGUGGGGAAAAAUUCACCUUCCUCUACAAGUGAAUCAGAUAACUGUUCCCCAUUGCUUUCACCUAAUGAAAGGUUAAAUGUCCCUCUAGAGUCUAUGCAUAUUAAUGAAGUGGAGUCAAUUGAGUCUUUUGGUUUGGUACAUUCCCCUUCAUGCAUAGAAUCAAAGAUUUCUUGUGACAUGCAAAACAUGAAUAGAAACCAGCACCCAUCGGGAAGUACUGGGGAACUGAGAAUGGCUUGUAGUGAUAUGCCGUUGACAGCUAAGAAAAAUUUAUCUACUCCACCUAUCUCACCAGAUAAAAAUUCAAAUAGGAAUGACACUGGAAGUCAAGAAAUUUCAAUUAACUCAGCAGAAAUCCCAAAAUAUGAAUUUGCUGAAAACUUCUCAGGUGAACAAUCAGAUAUUGUCAAUAACCAGAGCAAGCCAGUUAAUCAAUACCUUGAGGUCCAAGAUGCUUGCGACAAGACUAUUAUGGUAGCAUAUGAUUUAAUUGGUUUUAUAUUGGAUGAAUACUCCAAGAUUGAAGACAUAGAUUUAUACCAGGGUGACAGAUCAUAUCUCCGAAAUUGUGCUUCAGUUCCUCAGGAUUCUGAAGCCUCGAGGAAGCGCAUGGCCUCUUCUAAGGAUGACGUCCUUGGUUCAAUUAUUGUUCAGGCCAUUGACGAGUUAAUACCCUCAUUUCCUGAAAGUGGAAAAGAGAAGUUAAGGAAGUUGAUGCGCAUGACAUAG